AUGUUUAUCGAAAAGCGAGACGUUUUGGCACCACGACUUAUCUAUGAUGGUUAUUAUUAUUAUUGCGACGGUUUCUGGUGCUCCCAGACCGGAUUUAUCGUCAAGUGGUGCUUAGCUGGCGCCCUAGUACUCAUCGUCCUUCUUUGGACCGUUGGAGGUUAUCUCCAUGCUCGCAGCCGCAUCCGCAAGGGCCUCCCGCCACUAGCCUACCACCGAUGUCUCGUCGGUCGAAGAUAUUAUGCUCCAAACACCACAUAUGGUGCUCCGGUACGCAACGACAUGUACGGCGCCCAAGGCUACACCAUGAACCAGAUGCCUCCUCCUGUCUACGACCCUACAAGACCUCCUGAGUAUGCCGCACCUGGAGGAGCCACAAAAUCAGACUUGAACCCAAACCAACAAGUUGGUGCGCCCCCUAAUGAUUAUCAGCCUCCUGUUGGACCACCUCCCAGAUCGGUGCCUGGACCUGUCAGAUAUGGUUAG